GUGGUUGUCUGCACCACCUCAAAGACUCAGCUCAGUAGGAAGUGGAAAUAGAAUAGCUCGAACGGACAUGAGGGUUAGCUGUCUGAAAUGGAUACUUAUUCUCACAUACAUCAAUUUUGCCAAUCCUGAGAUGGUCUUCCUCAGGAGGACUAAUGGACAGUCAGUGCAGCUGUCCUGCGUCCCUGACCCUGAGCAGGCAGGACUGGCUCCGUCAGGUGUCAUCCUGAGCGCCGAGACCUGCCAGGUCCAGAAAGACCUGCUGUCCACGGUUGACGACAGUGCUCUCAGGAUCAGCUCUGCCUACCAAAGUCGUCUGAAAGUCGCUGGGGGAAUGGACUCUUCACAGCUCAACAUUACCAUAUCUCACCUGCAGCACUCAGAUACAGGUCUCUAUGUCUGUGAGUUCACCUACGCAGUCAACAAAAACCCAGACCACCAAUCCUUCUCCAAAAACAUUUUCCUGUUCAUCGAAGUGAAAGAGUGCUCCAGCUACGUUCCUCUACUCUACAUCAUAUCAGCAGCAGUGGGACUGCUUCUCUUCAACCUCACCUGGCUGUGUGCUGUCGAGUGUAUCAAGAUGAGAACCCAACAGAAAACACAGGGCCUUCUUCCGAUCUAUGAGGAAAUGAAGUGUGGGAGGCAGCAGAACGGAAGCCCCCAGAAUAUCCAUCCGGGCCCAGCAAAACCAGAGGAAACAGAUCCCCCUGAGUAUACCCAUGUCAGGCAUGCACAGAACCACUAUGCAUGCCCCAGGCCAACAAGGAUGGUGAAGACUUAGAGAAAUAACCACCCAUAAAAACUCUGCAGAACACUUUUGUAACAGCCAAGAAAAAACUGCAAUUUUAUUAAUUGUUUGAAAGAAGCUCCAUGUCAUGAAAACUAGUUUUUUUCUGGUGCAUGUCAUUUAACGAUCACAUUCUAUGAGGAGAAAGAGAUAUACAGAGAAAAAUAAAACAUUACAAGCCACUGACUUUUCAUUAAAUCUCAGUACAGACAUUUUCCUUAAUAUUUCAAAACAAAAAAGGCAAAAAGCAGCCCUAACCCCCCCACCCCCCAAUCCCAACAGAACUAGACAACGACAAAAAAUCAACACAUAGAUGCCCUCAGGGGCAACGGGCUAAAAUCCCACAGUGCUAAAGAGUGAGACGCUCAUUGGUUUAGGAAUACACAGCAUGACGAUGUAGCGCUAGGGCAAUCUGAAUGAGGGGGGAGGAAGUAGGAUGUGGGGGGUAUUGGUGGUGUAGGGGACACUCAGCAUGUGAGCCCCAGCCAGACUCCCCCCCAAAA